GGUUGGUACCCCCCGAAUAAGGGUCACGGCCCUCGGCGGGCGUUGCUGCGCACCCCUGCCCGUCACCCAGGCUUGUAACAUAGGGAGACGCGGUCUGGCGAUGCUCCUGUCAUGUGCAGGAUGCGAGAAACCGAUAAUGGAUCAGUACCUGCUGAACGUUUUGGACCGUGCAUGGCACGUCGAGUGCGUGCGCUGUUUCGACUGCAGAGCCGCGCUGCAGGACAAGUGCUUCUCCAGGGAGGCGAAGCUCUUCUGCAGGAACGACUUUUUCAGGCGAUACGGCACCAAGUGCGGCGGUUGCCUUCAAGGAAUAAAUCCGCAGGACCUCGUACGGAAGGCGAGGGACAAGGUUUUCCACCUGAAUUGCUUCACCUGCCUGGUGUGUCGGAAGCAGAUGAGCACCGGCGAGGAGCUCUAUGUCCUGGACGACAACAAGUUCGUUUGCAAGCAGGAUUACCUGUCGGGCAAGCCGCUGCCGGACACGCAUCACGUGCACGGUCAUCACGAACCGUCCAACCUGUCGGCAGGCGGAGACUCAUUGAUGGGAUCGGGAUCGGAAGACGAGGACGAGGACGGUAGUGCCCAUCAUCAUCAUCACGAUUCGGCCGUUCGCGGCGCUCACCUGGGGCCUCACAACAUUGGCCCGGGUGGUCCUGGUGACCAGAGCGUCGGCCACGGUGGCGAAUUACCUCUUGGAAGCGAUCCCUGCAAACAGGAAGACUCCGAGGAUCAAGGUUCCCUGGAUGGCGAUCCCGAGACGAGGGACAGCCAAACGGAGAACAAGAGUCCGGAUGGCGGCGCCGGCGGUGGCAGCGGCGACGGCGGUGCCGGUUCGAAACGACGCGGCCCGCGGACCACCAUAAAGGCGAAACAAUUGGAGAUUCUGAAGACGGCCUUCUCGUCAACUCCGAAACCCACCAGGCACAUUAGGGAGCAAUUGGCGAAAGAGACCGGUCUGCCUAUGAGGGUCAUACAGGUCUGGUUCCAGAAUAAGAGGAGCAAGGAACGCAGGCUGAAGCAGCUGACGUCGAUGGGCAGGAACCCCUUCUUUGGGGGCUCACGCAAGAUGCGUGGCUUCCCGCUGAAUCUAAACCCCGGCGCCCUCGGUGGCGAGGACGGCCCGCCGCCUGGUUUUCCGUACUUCGGCCCGGACAAAUUCGAGUUCGGCUACGGUGGCCCGGUGGCCUUCCAUCACGAGUUCUUUGGCGCACAUCCGCCCCCGCAUCCACACGGGCCGCAUUUCGCAGGCACGGGAAAUCCAGUACGUAAUCUGUUUCUGACAGGCCUGGACCCGGCCAGUUUAGCGGGCAUGGCAGCGGCAGUGGCGGUGGCAGGGGAAUAUCCACCUCCGGGCGCGGGGGGCGGCCCUCCGGAAUUUCUCACGGGGCCCCCCGGGCAGGGGGCCCCUGCGCCCACCGGCGGCAGCCCCGGCGAGUUCUUGGCACCUUCAGGUGGAGGGCAGGGUAAUCCGAGCGGCGGCGGGAACGGCGGCGGCGGGCCGGGCGGCGGCGGCGGCGGCGGUGGCAGCGGGGUCGCGGGCGGCGGGUUCCUGGAGCCGCACCAGAUGCAGAGCGAAGGGCUGGCCUGGUAGUACGAGUUUUAAUUAACGUCCCUUAUAAUAAUAAUUCCGCCCGCGCGCCUAAACCGAACGGAAUCGCGAAAGCGCCGCCGAGCGGAAAGCGAGAACGAGAAAGUCAACGGCGAUGGCGGCGGCGGCGGCGGCGGCGAUUUCGAGUCCGAGGGCGACCGGAAGGCUUUCGGCGUUUCGUUGCUUUCCUUCCCGUUUCCCUUUCUUUUUCGUUGUAUUUUUUAUUCCUACUUUGCAAUCGCAUCGACUCGAUCGAAUCGUUAUGAAUAUCGAAUCGUCGGCGCUUUUCUGUAAAAUACAGACACGUGCGAAACGCGGUUGUCUGCGCGUUUUGAUUCGCGGUUAUCGUUGUCGAGCAGUCGACGCUAUUAUCUUUACUAUUACGCUCCUCGGCGCCGCGACGUCGAUGUUACUAUUUUCAUUAUUAUUAUUAAUAUUAUUAUUAUUAAUUAUUAUUAUUAUUGUGUAUAAAAUUCGAAGGUCCCUAUCGUGUAAUAUUGUACCCUCCCUGUUGAUUAUUUUUCGACGUUACUUUGGAGACAUCCUGUAGAUAUCUGCUGUUGUACACCUGAUAAAGACACACGAAUCGCUAGACACAUACAAACACGCAAUGUCACACGCGCACACGUACAUGUACACAGAAUACACGGACACGGAUCCACACUUGGAUACGCUGUACUAAUAUUAUCAUUAAAGUAUAAAUAUAAACAGGAAACGUGUAAUUUGUAUUUGUUAAGGCGGCGAGAUUGAUGUAAAUACACACAAGAAAUACACAGAAACACUCUCUAUCCUCUCUCUCUUUGCUGAAAAAUGCGUGCGAGUCGAUUUUUGCGCGUACGGCUGGACUUACUCGCCACCGGAAGAGUUAUAUAUAUAUGUAUCGUGACGUAAUAACACCGAAAGUAAAGCAGAUUGAGAAAGAGACGCGCCGCCGCGACGCAUAACGAUUAUAAAUAUUAUUAUAAUAAACCACCUCGUAUUUCCGUAUACGAAACUGUGCAUUUCAUUUCCUUCUAGCUAGCUAGCCGUUCGGCUUCUCUUUUUUUCCUAU